AUGCCUCAAAAAGUUUAUGUCACGUACAACCAGGUCCACAAGCUGUGCCAGUCAUCAGCUGACCAGAUUCUAAACACAUUCCACCCCAACUUGAUGAUCGCUAUUGGCGGAGGCGGUUAUGUCCCUGCCCGUAUCCUCCGAUCGUUCCUCAAGCGCACCGGCGACCCCAACAUCCCCAUCCAGGCCAUCGGUCUUUCGCUCUACGAGGAUCUCGGCCGCGGUGACCCCGAGGAGGUCCCCGGCACAAAGGUCACGCGCACACAAUGGUUGGAUCUGAGCUCUCUAGAGAUGGCCAACCUGAUUGGCAAGAACAUUCUCAUUGUCGAUGAGGUCGAUGACACGCGGACGACUCUGGAAUAUGCUGUCCGUGAACUGCAGAAGGAUGUCGAGCUUGCGCAGAAGCAGCUCGGCCGUGAGGGCGAGAAGACAAACUUCUUCGUGUUUGUUCUACACAACAAGGACAAGUCUAAGAAGGGCCAACUGCCCGCUGACAUGAUGGAGUCUGGCCGCUACCACGCCGCUGUCACCACCGAGGAUGUCUGGAUUUGCUACCCUUGGGAGGCCAAGGACAUUGACGAGCACGAUGCGCUGGCGAAGGCGAACCCUCUUCUCUAA